GCUGGAUCCACUCACGUGUGCGUAUGUCACACGAGAUUUUAUACUCUCGUAUCCGCGUCUCGUAUAUCCGAACAGCCUUGACCCGUGUGAUACGUCGCAAUAAAAUGAUCUGUGUGUUCUCCGAUCUGUGAAUUCGACGCGACGAAUUUCAAUUUAUAGAAAAAUAUGAACGAAGAAAAUUGAAAAAGUGAGAACAAAUUCCGAUUCCCAGGAUUUCAUCUACCGUUUUUUCGUCUCAACUCACCGAAAAAAUACGAGAAAAUUUGUAAUCACGAACACAACCGAUCGGGAGAAAAAAAAUCAAUUCAAUUUUUUCUUACAUCGCGGCUCGAGAGAGAGAGAGAGAAAAAGAGGAGAAAAGGAGCAGCUGGAGGGAAAAGAAAAAGUACGUAAACAAAGAAAAACGAAAACCGGUCCACGCUCUCCUUGAGAACAUUGCAGAGUUUUUAUUUUCACUUGCUCUCUCUCUCUCUCUCUCUGUCUCGACUCGAUUCCCGAAUUCUCCACCCCUCCAGCCUGCAACAAGAAAGAAGUGCAUCGUAAAUUCUCUUCGUCCGAGGGAAGAAAUAAUCGUCCGUCUAUUUCGGCAACAGUCGACUUCUUCCUUUCCUCGUGAGACUUUAUUCCUUCGACGAAACAAAAGUUGUGCUUUUUAGGAUGAAUUUUGAGGAGCGAGACACGAAUUUUGUCAAGUGAUUUUUGGACUCGAACUUUGAGGAGGAUUCGUGCGUGGAAAGUGUGAGUUCCUUGAAUUUUCGGACAGUUUGAAAAGUUGCUCUGAAAACUUGACACAUCGAUCGAUGCGGCUCUUUUUAUCUCGAAUUCAUUAUAUAUAUAUACACGUUUCGUCACGUGCUUAAUUGCUCAAUGAACGGUGACGCGACAAAUAUCCACAGCGAGGAAUUGAACUUCACCAACGAUCUUGCAACCUCCAGAAGUUGAAGCUUUUUCCCUCGAUCAAUGAAUUGGCUGAGCAAGUGUGUCUGUGGCUCGAGUGCCACAGACUCGCGGAAUCUUGGCAAGGAAAAGUCCUCGAAGAAGAACAAAAGGUCGAGAGGUAAAAAACGAAAUGAGAAAUAUCUCGUGGAGGAGAAUCUGGAGCAGAAGAGCGACGAAUCUGCGAUAAAAUCGUCGAUAAGCGGAGCGAAACUCGUGGCACUCGUGAAGGGACAUCAGCUUGAGAGCAAACCUGAAAAACUAGAUUUUCCCCAAGAAAAAAUAGUCGAUCCUGUGCACAUUGAUAUCGAUAAAGGAAAAUUUAUCGACGAGAAUAAUGAAAAGGAAUGUUCUCGUAACGCGACGAUUUCGAGGCUCAACGAGGCGCAGAACGAUGAGAAAAAUUCUCGCGAUUUUACGAGGUCGUCGACCUCGCUCGAGUCAGAAAAUCAAAGCCCUCCGAUCAGUGAGUCAAAUCGUGGAGGAAAAACCAAGUGUAAUAAUUCGUCAGAAACAAAGUCGAAUUUACCAAGGUGUAAAAAAAUUCGUUCCCAACAAUCGAGACUCAGCGAGGGGCCAAAAAAUCGUGGACUUUCCGAAACAAAAAAAUUAAAAAACACAAGCGUUCACGAAACUUCAGAAAUUCCUGACGAUUUCGAUAAUCAAAUAGAACAAAAAAAUCGUGGAGAAAAAGGCUUGAAAAUCAAUUCAAAUUCCUGCAGUUUCGUUGUCCCCAUGGAUUCUUCCAAGAGAUCCCGAAAUAUCGAUAAAAGAAUUUCAGGCUCUCAAAUACCUAAGCCAUUCACGAAACAUGGAAGAAACAAGGUCGUCGAGGAGAAGAUUGAAAAAGUGCCAAAAAUAGAUGAAAAUGGUCGCGUCCACUCAGCAAUUGUUUCUGGUGUCAAUUGGGAGCAAAGGAGCGUGACUGUAGAAUGGUUCGAAAAAGGAGAAACGAAGGGGAAAGAGGUGGAGAUCGACGCGAUCCUCGCUCUCAAUCCCGAACUGAUGCCGAAGUCGAUGCCGCCACCACAAAUCAACAAUAUGCUGUCAAACCAAAGAUCAACCAGGGACUCUUCCGGGGACGAGGACGAGGGCUUGGACGAGCUGGACAACCCGGAGGACGGUUCACUCGGACGACACGGCGGUCACACCGCAAGAAAUGGCCUAACAUCCGCAACGCUUCCUGUACGAGUCACGUCUCGUCUUUCGCAUACCAGUAGACCAUCCAUACCCGUGAAAGCUGGAUCGAACAGGCAAAUAGCACGACAGGGAGGAGGUGGCGGUCGUCCAACGAACAUAAUGCCACCAACGGCCUCGAUAAACGGUCUUUCGGAGACAGUAACAGGAUUGACGGGACGUCGUGAGGUUGAAAAUAUACCGCCUACGCCAACGUUGCCCAUGUCGACUCCUCUGAAUAAGCAGAAAGCGAUCCAGCAACAACAGCAGCAGCAACAACAACAGCAGCAACAACAGGCGAUGGUGAAUGCCCAACAACAGCAGGCGGCACAGGUGGAAAAUGGACGUGGAAGACGUUCUAACGUGGUCAAAGAAGUUGAAAGAUUGAAAAAGAAUCGUGAAGAACGAAGACAACGUCAGGCCGAGUUGAAGGAAGAAAAGGAAGCUUUGAUGAACCUCGAUCCGGGAAAUCCUAAUUGGGAAUUUUUGGCAAUGAUACGGGAAUAUCAGAGCAACAUUGAUUUCAGACCCCUCCGGGAAACCGACUCGGUCGAGGAUCAUCAAAUAACGGUAUGCGUGAGAAAACGUCCUUUAAAUCGAAAAGAAAUGAAUCGUAAAGAAGUGGACGUCAUUAGCGUACCGAGUAAGGAUCAGAUGGUAGUACACGAGCCAAAAGCCAAAGUCGACCUUACCAAGUAUCUCGAAAAUCAAUUAUUCCGCUUCGAUUACGCAUUCGACGAAACUUGCAACAACGAAAUCGUGUACAAGUACACUGCAAAACCCCUCGUUCAAACAAUCUUCGAAGGCGGCAUGGCCACUUGUUUUGCUUAUGGACAAACUGGCAGCGGUAAAACUCACACUAUGGGCGGUGAUUUCAAUGGAAAAACUCAGGAUUGCAAGAAAGGCAUUUAUGCUAUGGUCGCCAAAGACGUUUUCAAGUGUCUCAAAUCACCGAAAUAUCGACCACUCAAUCUCAUUAUCUCUGCCAGCUUCUUUGAAAUUUAUUCCGGCAAAGUUUUUGAUUUACUUGCUGAUAAAGAAAAACUAAGGGUUCUCGAGGAUGGAAAACAGCAGGUUCAAAUAGUCGGUCUAACAGAAAAAGUAGUGGAAACUUGUGACGAGGUAUUGAAGCUUAUCCAACACGGCAAUUGCGCACGCACGUCUGGUCAAACGAGCGCGAACGCAAAUUCUUCGAGAUCUCAUGCGGUCUUUCAAAUAAUAGCACGAACGCCUACUACUCACAAAGUUCAUGGAAAAUUUUCGCUUAUCGAUCUUGCCGGUAAUGAGAGAGGGGCCGAUACAUCCUCAGCGAAUAGACAAACGCGAAUGGAAGGUGCAGAGAUCAACAAAUCGCUACUUGCCCUGAAGGAAUGUAUACGCGCAUUAGGAAGAAAGGGAACUCAUUUGCCCUUCAGAGCAAGCAAAUUGACCCAAGUACUCAGGGACAGCUUUAUCGGUGAAAAAUCUAAGACUUGCAUGAUUGCAAUGAUAAGUCCCGGAUUAAGUUCGUGUGAACACUCUUUGAAUACUCUGCGUUACGCUGAUCGAGUCAAAGAACUCGCUGCUACGGAUCCAACUGAAAUGAAAGUUUCACCGACUGAUGACGAAAGAUCAUUGAAAAUCGAAGAUCAAGCGAACAACAGCGCACUCUCGGACAGCGAUCUUGCUCAAUUGAGAUCAUUAAACGAGGGAGAAAUCUCGCAGGAUCUUUACACAUUUCACGAGGCUGUCUCGGCGCUGCAAAUGCUCGAGGAGGAAGUUCUGGACACCCACAAAGCAGUCAUGGACAAUACAACAAGUUUCUUAAACGACGCUCACAACGUAUUUAGUGCUACGCACGAAGUCGACUACGACACAGAAGAUUUGAGACGGAAAAGAACAAAGUUUGAGUCACCCUACCACGGCAGGUUCUCGUUGUCGAGACGUCUCAUAGAGAGAAUUCAAUUUUCGAACGCGUACGCUCAAAAGUGGGAGGAUUUGCUGCUAUCGCAACGCGACACACUAAAUGCUGCCCUGGAUCAGGUCAGUCAAUUUCGAAGUCAGCUUCUUGAGGAGGAACAAAUCAGCCAGAAGAUGACACGUCCCCGUAAUCCACGCUACAAUUAAAUCAACGUAACAGCUUAAAGAAGAAAACUAAAUCCAAGAAGAGGAGAACGGAAAAUCCAUUGAAAACUUUAUUGUUUAGGGUUUUUUCCUCGUUUUUCCCUUCUUGGAUUUCUUUUUCCAUUGACGAACACAAAAAAAAACCAACAAACAAAAACUCAUUAAACGGGUAUCACACUCAUUUUUUUCACUCCGAGGAAACGUGCCAACGAGUAAACUGGACGAAAUCCUUAGUGAUUUUCUUUCUUAUUUUCUUUCGUUCGGAACGUACGAGAAAAAAAAACAAAUUUUUUUGGAACGUCUUGGAUUCGGCGAGAAAAGACGUUUUCUCGGAAAUUUUCGAGGCACACGAAUUCACUCAAGAACUAAUGGUCCAUGACGAGAAAACAGAGUCCGAAGUAGCUUAAAAGUACGUUGAGAAAAAGAAAAUCUCAACGUGGAACGUAGACGUUUCCCAGGGUCGGAGAAAGGGCGGAAAGAAAAAGGCUCACAGGGUACGGAGUCGUCGGAGGAUAACGUACGGACACUCGCACAUUCGGAGGAAUGAGCUCUGUUUAGCACACAAAAUUCUAAGGAUUGAAACGAAAGAGAGAAGAAAUUGAUGCGAAUGUAAAAAACAAGAAACGAGAUAAGGCACGCCUUCAUUUUUCAGCCCUGACAACUCGUUGCUGCAGUAUUCUCAAAAUAUACUUUAAAGCAUCCAUGACAGAAGAAGCAAAUGAAUAAACGUCAAACAAUUUCGCAAGCAUCUGUUGAAAGAUAAAUUAUGCAAAUAAAGGGAUUAAAGUUUUAAGUAAUCACUUGUUCUGGUGGAGAAUACUCGAAAAAUCUUGUCCCUCUAUCCAAAAGAUUAAUACGUUUAUCAAAACUUAUCAAAAGGUGCGUGGUCACGAGGAAGAAAAAAUAAUAAGAAACUUCAAAAGAAAACAAAAUUCAAACGAAUGACAGCAAAAAAAACAAACAAAAGUAUAUAUAUAUAUAAAAUUGUUCGUGUAUUUAACUGGUAUGGUGAUCAAUAAAGAGCAUGAGAAUGUUUCUUUAAAUGAAAUAUAAAAACAAACGAUUAAGAGACCUUAAGCGAAGAAUAAGACGCAGGACGUUAGCCGAUUAAAGAGUGGUUUUUAGCUAUACGUAAUUGAAAAGGAUGUUAUAAAGCUUCUAAGAUUACAAGUGAUACAGGACCUCAUUGUCGUCUGCCUUAUCGUUUCUCAUUGACUUUUCGUUUUACGUCCGCGAUCGUCCUGUAACAAAAUGAGCGAAGUAACAAAAAUAUUUUCGCUUCUUGGAUGUCAAUAAUUCUCACACUAUAAUUUAUUUCUCUUUGCUUUUCCGUUUAUUUACUAUUUCUUUCCUCGUACUUCGAUGCCUGGAAGUAUUGAAAAAAUUCUUCCAAAUAUUCCAAACUGCGAGAGAAUCGUGGUUUUAGAUUUUCACACAACCCUUACAUUAGGAUCGAAGAAAGUCUUGUUUUUAGUUAAUCAUCAUAAAUGCAAGUGAGAACAUAAGAUAAACACUUAAUUUUAGUUUUCGACUUUGCGAUAUUCGUACACUGUAUCAAUACUUUUGUUUUUCGUUGCACAAUUCGAAUCAUGAUCGGUGUAAGAUUUUACUGAUUUUGUGUGUAAGAGGACGAGUAGAAAGAAUUAAAAGGGGAAGAGCGCACGGAGAUGUGGCGCCAAAUCGCUGAAGUUGAUGAAUCUCUCUUUCUUUUACGUCACAUGUAAAUGUAUGUGAUCCGUAAUUUUCAGUGAGCGAUGAAACACGUAAUUAAACCAAAUAACGACUGAUUUCAGAACGAUAACACGUUUAGUCGAUAAUCUAAAUGAAGCAAAACGAACAAGGAAGCAGACCAUUUUUUAAACAAUUACACUUUAGGGAUUCUCGAAGAAUCCGAGUAUUUUAGUUUAAUAAUAUUAUUGUAACGUCUCGAUUAUUAUUAUUAUUAUUAUUAUAAUUCAUUGUCUUUUGUUCCUUUUUCUCUCUAUUUUUUUUUAUUAACAGAAAAGCAUGUGUAACUAAAAUAUCACCAAAAUCUUUCAAAAUUUUGUGUGUCAUGUUUGAUCCUUUAUUUCAUUUCCGUUGUCCUCAAACCAAUACAAUAGAAUCAUUUUAUUUUUCCACUCACCCACAUGGUAUACGUUCGAUGGAUGGUGUAUUGCUUUUGAAUCACCUUUCAUUUGAUUACUGGAAGAAUAGAAAAUAUUUAAAUAUAGGUCGAGCGAAAUUUCAUCGAUGAUAAAGCCUGUCGCAGCUGUCGAUAAACGGAAUCCGAAUUGUGAAUGAAAAAGAAGUUCGGAGCAUCGAAUGAAACACAAUUUUCGAAACUCUUCAAUUCAAACGAGAAAAUCAAGCAAUAAAAAUAUUCGUCGGUUUCAACAUUUUCCAAAAUGCAAUGACAAUGGCUUGAUGUCAUUGUUUUGCAAAAUAAUGCAUUAUUAUUCGAAUGUCGUUAGUUUCUGGGAUUAAACACUCUUUCAUUAUAUGGA